AUGAAAUCACCGGAGGUUUCCGCCAGUAGAUCGGUGAAAAUAUCGUAUCUCGACUCCAUCAAGGCAGCGGAAAAUUGGCUCAGGAGGAAAGGGAACAAUCUUCCAGCGUUGAUUAUCUCCCUUAUUCCACUCCCAAAGGACAAUAUCAGUGCCAUCACGAACUCCUCCAUGAUUUUUGUCUCCAUUGCAAGCAUCAAUGUUGAGGCGACUGUUGCUAACCAUCCUUACUGCUCGGUAACCGUCUCCCAAGUCCUUGCCUUCAGUCCACAAAAUCGAUUCAUCAAAUCCGUUGGCAUUAUAGUCGGUCAACUGGACAGUAGGCUGAGUACUGGCGCCGGCAAUAGAGUGUUUGAUGGCCUGCCUAGUCGCCUUGUUCACCAGAGCAAAGCUUGGGAAACAUUCUUCAUCCUUCACCCGAGAUUUAAUUUGUGUCCAUUGCUGUCGAAGAUCAGAUGGAUUGGCGGGUGCAAGAACGACUUUCCCAUCACGAAUGGUGAGAGCAUAAUUUGUGUCCGCCUUGCAGUACAUCUUCACCGAGGGCUUGUUGCUGAGGGAGUUUGCCUUUGGAAUGUUCCAUUCCUUCUUGAAGGGAGCAUCAACAACAUUCUUCAAAGACAGACAGUGAAUGAUUGGUUUUUUUUGGUUUACAAAAACUUCAGCACCAAACACACAAUUGUCGUCGUGGCUGAUGUAGUAUCCAUUGUUAAGUUCUUUCUUGGAAAUGAACUUAGAGAAGCCCCAUUCUGUCUUUAUUGCACCAAAACUCCGACUUCUUCCUGA